UAACCUAACCUCUCAGCAAUCUCAUAACCUCGGUGUGUAACCGAUAUUACGGAAUGGGAUGUUAAACAUAGAGGUUUUUCAAAGAAUAUCAAUUACACAUUGCAUAAAAUACGAAUAUCGUUUGACCGGCACGCGGAUUUAAGCAUUACGACUAUGAUCGUGCCUCCGUUAAUUUGAGAAAUACAACAAACCAUUAUACCAAGUAGCAAUAUGACAUCGAUAAUAAGAAGAUCGUAUGUGUUGCUCAGGGUUUAUCCAGGAAUGAGAAAAAAGUUGAUACUGCACGACCUGAAAAGUUACCGACCAACAACAGCUUUGCGUUGCAUAUCUGUGACCAGCGCUCAUCUGUCUAAAGACAAUAAUAACAAAAAAAAUGAAGGUAGCAAGGCGGUGAGUUUUUACGGGUUUGCACAGGUUAGAAGUAAAGAGAAAAAAACGUACUUAGACGUACUGCGAAUGUUCAUCGACAGAGACAUUCACAGGCGAGGUCACGUCGAAUUCAUUUACGCAGCAAUGAAGCACAUGGAGGAAUUUGGAGUCGAAAAAGAUCUAGAGGUAUACAAAAACUUGAUCAAUGUACUACCGAAGGGGAAGUUCAUUCCGGAGAAUACGAUACAGGCUGAGUUCAUGCAUUAUCCAAAGCAGCAGCAAUGCGCGAUAGAUGUCCUUGAACAGAUGGAAAACAACGGAGUUAUACCAGACAGGGAAAUGCAGGAUAUCCUUCUCAACAUAUUCGGUAAGCUGGGAUUUCCGCUGAGGAAGUAUUGGAGAAUGAUGUACUGGAUGCCCAAGUUCAAAAAUGCGAGUCCAUGGCCUUUGCCAGAAGUUUUGCCCAAUGAUUCUCUCGAGUUGGCCAAACUGGCCAUAGAGAGAAUUACUAGCAUCGAUUUGCUCCGAAAAAUCACAAUCUUCCAGGCAAAAGAUCUCGAAGAUUCCAUCGACGAUACUUGGAUUGUUUCUGGAAUGAGUAUUGGUCAGAAAAAACUGCUUAACAAGCAUGCUUCCACAGCCCCCAUAUAUGUAGAAGGGCCUUUUAGACUUUGGUUAAAAAACUUGACCAUUAAUUACUUCAUACUGAGGGGAGAUCCUGUUCCAAAACCUGACCUACCACCGCCUGACGACGAUGAUGUUAGUAAAAUUGAAUUGCCAUUUUUGAAAACAAAAAAAUCUGUGGUACCGACUGAAGAUGAGACGGCGAUUCACGAGCAAGAGGAUGGCACGAUAUUUGCUGUUUGUGCGACUGGAACCUCUAGUCGCGACUCUCUAUUAUCUUGGAUUAGAUUUUUACAGAAAGAGAAUGACAUCUUAGCUAAUAUUCCCAUUAUAUUUAAGCCAAAGAGUCCCUUAGGUGACGUUGUAUUGGCCAAUAAUAAAUCUGACAAACCUAAAGAUGAGGGAGUAGAAAAUAAAGUUAAUAAAGAUUAGAAUUUCAUGUAAACAAUUUCACCUGUACAUAGUAAAUAAAAAAUCUGCGAUCGUCGCUCAGCAAUGCUUGAGCUAUUUAUUAAAAAAAUAA